AGAGGAAUAUGUGGUAAAGGUUUUUUCCGUGACACAAAUGUUUUUCUUUCUUUUUUUGUUUUUGUUUUUUCCUUAAAUUUCAAUAUUAUUGCUUUACAAGUUUUUCUUCUUCUACCUAUAAUGGGGUUUAAUUGAAUGAUCAACAAGUACAAAAUAUCUUAGUUGGAAUCAAAGUUUCAAAACAAAGUUACAAUCUUUAAUACUAAAUAACCAAAGGGUAUGGCACAGUUCACUGCACAAGGUCGCUUGAAGCUUCUCUUCAAUGGAGAAACUGUGUCAUCUCUCAUGGUUCAGACCCACAAGAGAAGAACUAGUUACAAAGGUUCUUCUUCUUUUGCUUCUAGAUUUCACUAUGCAUCUUCUUCAUAUCUCAGAAGCAAAGUGAAGUGUUGUAAUGCUGAGGCACGUCCCAGUGAAGGUGUUCAUGAUGAAUAUGCAUAUGUUUUUGAAUAUGAUGAGGAUGAUGAUGAUGAUGAUGUGUUUGAGGGAGAUGGCUUGUCUGGUUUCAGGGGUCUUGUGUUGGAUAUAUCUUACAGGCCAGUUAAUGUUGUAUGCUGGAAACGUGCCAUUUGUUUAGAGUUUAUGGAGAAGGCUGAUGUACUAGAGUAUUAUGAUAAGACUGUGAACUCCCCCAGUGGAUCUUUCUAUAUACCAGCUGUCUUAAGGGUUCGUCAUUUACUUCAGGUUAUUAAAAGAAGAAGAGUAGUCAAGAACAGCCUUAGCCGGAAAAAUAUACUGUUUAGAGACAAUUACACCUGCCAGUAUUGCUCUUCGCAUGAGAAUUUGACCAUCGAUCACGUUGUGCCAGCAGCACUUGGUGGCGAAUGGACAUGGGAAAAUCUAGUGACUGCUUGUUCUAAAUGCAACUCCAAGAAAGGUAGAAAGUCCUUAGAGGAGGCAAAAAUGAAGUUGAUGAAGGUCCCAAAGAAACCGAAGGACUAUGACAUUCUCGCCAUACCUCUAACUGCAGCAGCUUUAAGAGUUCUGACUGCGAGAAAGGGGACACCUGACGAAUGGCGCCAGUAUCUAAGUUCCUCUUAGAAGCAUGAGUUAGUCUGGUGGUUGCUCUGCAUUCCUGUGUGUGAUGCCAGACAGACAUGCUAUGAUUCUCUUUGUUCAGCCAAAAAAGCAAAGAGAAAAAUCCUCACAAAUAGGUUAUUGUAAGUAACUCCAAUUGAUGAUUAAAUGUUAAUUGUAAACAAUGCUAUUCAACAUCAGGGAUUGUGUAAAAUUUAUGUAUAGUAAAUUCCUGCCUAAUGUAUGUUAUGAUGGCUCAGACCUUCUCAUUGGUAUGUAAUAGUCUUGGUGAAAUGAACACAGUUGACGUAACUAAUCUAUCCUCAGAAUUUAACCCUCUCA